UAUCUAAUGACUAAGAACUAAGAAGUCAACUUACAUGAGUUAAAGAAUGCAACACCACGGUUUACGAGGAAUUAGGAAAGUUGUAUGACUGAAAGUCUAAAAUGAGCGUGAAGGCUAGACUCUGACAUUGUCUCUCCCAGAAAUUUCCUUCCCACGCUUUGUAGUAAAGUUUGUACUACAAUAUUCCUUCAACCCCAGAAAGUUUAGGUUACUGGUGAACAUGGCAUCCUUUGUCAGAAUAACAGUUCUGUUAUGGGCCAACAUGCUAACAGCUUGGGCCUUGUUUGUGAUGACGCCAUACUUGAUAAAUGUCUGGAAGCUUAACAUUACCCGCGCUGCUGCAAUUGUUAAUGUGUUUUCUGGUGUUGCGACCAUAAUGCCUAUAGGCAUGGCCUUCCUUGUUGAUGCUUUCAUGGGUGACUAUUGGAUGCUCUUGCUCUCCAGUAUUGCUUAUAGCUUUGGAUUAAGCUUCUUGGCAAUGUCAACACCACAUGUUCUUCCUGAUGCUGCAAGGAACUGUGAUGCAAACAAGCCAGGUUGCAUUGGUGAUGCCCAAAAGGUUCUCUUCUAUACAGCAUUAGCACUCAUAGCUAUUGGGAUAGCUGGUCAUAUCACAUCCUUCGAGUCUUUCCUGAAACAACAAAUGGAGGAGAACCAAAAGCCUAGGAAAGUGGUAGCUGUUGUUAGUGUGAUUAUUUUCCCAAUUGUUGGAUGUAUUGCACUUCCAUAUAUAAAGCCAUGGUCUGUCCGAUUUGGAAUACCAGCAAUAUGCACUGUAGUAGCAACUUUUCUAUUCACAACUGGCUCACGUUCAUACAAACCAUCUGGACCGCAGCCACAGGGGAGUCCUCUUACAACUGUAUGUAGAGUCUUUGUAGCCUCUGCUUCCAAGAUGUUUCGUCAUCAACUACAAAAUGAUAAUCAGGUGCCUCACCCCCGGAGUCUCAGGUGCCUUGACAAGGCUGCCAUUACAGUCCAUCCCCAAAAUAGAUGGACAUUUUGCAGCUUAGCAGAGGUGGAGGAUACAAAAAAAGUUAUACGCAUGAUACCCAUGUGGAUGACCUUCAUCAUGUGUGGGGUUGUGAUUUCCAUAGGAAACACUUAUUUUUUAGAGCAAGCAAAUGAUAUGAAUCGCAAGGUUGGAAAUUUGAAGGUCCCUCUUCCCAUAUUUAAAUGUUUCUAUGACCUUUCAAAAGACAAGUUCCUUGAACUGUAUGUCAAAGUAACUGAAAAAUUAAAGAUUCAAGGAAGACAUGUACCCCCCUUUGGAAUCUUUGUAGCAAUGCUGUUUUCUAUAUUAUGUUGUAUCACAGCUGCAGGAGUGGAAACCAGGAGGCUUGACAUGAUUAGAAGGCACAGGUUACUUGACAAACUUAAUGACAGUAAUGAGAAAAUCCCAAUGAGCAUGUUCUGGCUUCUUCCACAGUUUCUCCUUCUUGGUGCCGUUGAAGGAAUGUCUAACUUCAGCAUUGAUCAAUUCUUCACUAAUCAAGCUCCUGCCUCAAUGAGCCGCUACUUGAAACUUUUCCGCCACGGUGUAAUUGGAGCAGGAACUGUAGGUAGUGUCCUUUCGGUUUAUGUUGUGGGUAAAUUCAGUGAAAGGGGAGGAAGAACAAAUUGGUUUCAGGACACACUGAAUAAAAGUCGAUUAGAUAACUACUAUUGGACACUGACAGUGUUGAUUUGUAUAAAUCUUUUUUUGUACAUCUUGGUGGCAUUGCUGUACACCUUUAAAGACCCACCAAAUAAAGACAUCGGUAAAGCAACAAAGAAUGAAGAACCUACGCAACCUUAGGAAGAUGAUGUGCAUUGUUGUUAUUGUUGUUGUUGUUGUUAGUAUUCUUAGAUGAAUUUCGUUUUACAUCCGUUUCCUUGGAUUCUCCAAUUCAAUGUGUCAGUGUUCUCUGUAUUGAUUGGCGUUUGUAAGGUGCAGUGUAUCAAC